AUGGCCAAGCCAAAUUGUUUAGCAAAUGUUCAAAGCUUGUUCUUCCUCUUAAAGAAAAAAAUAAAUCUGUUAUCUUCUUCUUCUUCUUCUGAAACUGAUAUAUUAACUAUACAGUGGAGCAGUGGAGCAGGACCUUUGUGUUGCUCAGACCCUCCAAUCCUUGAUCCACAUAGUGGAGCAGGCCAUGUCGAGAAACUUCUUCCCACCUAUGUCAUCGGUUCUCCCUACUCUAAGCAUGCUGCUGUUCUUAUUUCUGAUGUAUAUGGUAAUUUUAUCAUUAUUUUGAAAGUGGCCGACAAAGUCACAGCUGCUGGAUUCUUUGUCGCCGUUCCUGACUUCUUGAAGGGGGAUCCUUUUGUUCGUCCAGAUACUAAAAGGCCUAUGAGCGUUUGGAUUAAAGAUCAUAGCACAGAUGAGGGAUUUGAAUUUGCCAAAGUAGUGAUUCAGGAUUUGAAAAAUAGAGGCUAUUCUGCAAUAGGUGCUGCAGGCUUUUGUUGGGGUUCCAAGGCUGCAAUUCAACUAGCAAAGUGCAACUCUAUUAAGGCUGCUGCCCUCUUACAUCAAUCUUACGUCACUAUGGAUGACAUCAAAGGUUCAGAUCACUUCCAGGACUUGUCAACCAGACCCAAAGGGAUAUCAUAG